UGCACUGUGUGGCUAUACCGUAAACAAAUUUUCAGUUAAGCAAGAAUUCGUCAAAUAAAACGCAUUUAAUCGAAGCAUCCUAAAUAAACAUAAGAAAAAACUGAUCGUUUUAUGAUUAAUUGCGACUUUACUAUUGAUUUUCUUGACAAUUUGUGUUAAAAUUUUCAAACGAAAGCAGAUCUCACAAAAAACCGGCUUUAACCAAACAACACAGGGGUUAGUUUUUACGUUGGCAGCAGCAAAAAUGUCAGAACGAAAUCAACGUCGACGUGGUCUUGAUGAAAAUGGCAAUCACUCUUAUAUUGAUGAUAUGGCAACAAUCAAGCACCCAUUGAAUUCCAAAUGGACGCUUUGGUAUUAUUUGCCCGAUGACAAGAAAACUUGGGAAGAAAAUCAGAAUAAAAUUCAUACAGUUACUACCAUUGAAGAUUUUUGGAGUUUUAUCACCCAUAUAAAGCAACCAUCGGAAUUGAUCGGUGGUGUUGAUUAUUCGUUUUUCAAAAAUAACAUUCGUCCAAUGUGGGAAUCACCGCAAAAUGUAAAUGGUGGUCGACUAACGGUCACCAAUACAUCAAAAACACGAAACGAUCCACGAGCAGCUGGCAUAAAUGAUAUUUGGUUGGACGUAUUAUUGUUUCUCAUCGGUGAAAAUUUCGAAUAUACCGAUGACGUGUGCGGCGUGGUAUUGAAUGUUCGCAAAUAUGGUUUUAAAAUUGCCGUAUGGACAUCACAUCAUGAGGAAAACAAAAUUCGAGCAAUUGGUAACAGCAUUAAGAAGAGUUUAAGCCAUAAGAGCCCAUUCCUGCAGAAGAUCACAUUCGAAGUACAUGCCGAAACGCAACGGAACGCUCAAACCACAGGCCGAGCAUCGUCCAAAAAUCUGUUUGAAAUCUAAACGAAACAAUUACAAAAUUGUUUUAACAUUAUUUUUUUAAGUAGGACUCCGAAUGAGUCACCAACGUCAUUUCAAUGAAAUGUUUAUCUUUCUUUUUUUUUCAGCCGUACCAAGACGGCUAAAUAGAUUUCAAGAUUUAUGCUGACAAAUUUAAAGUCAUCCAAAUGAAACUUUCGUUUUCAUUUCAAAUGAGAAAAGAAUAAAAUACACCAUAUUACCAAACAGAAUGAACUGUGAUUCAUGCGCAUAAAAAAUCGGCUUUCAUCAAAUACAGUUUUAAAGCAUAUUUUCUGACAAAGAUAUCAUCCAACUGCAAACGAUUAAUAUUUGUUAAGAGUUCAGGGUUUUCGAGAUUAUGGAUAAAUGGCCUCUUUUUAUAAAUGCAAAAUGAAUUGCUUAAAUAAACGGUAUUUUUACACACUUGUCAGAUGUGACUACUUAA